UUCUCAGGGACUCUUUGUCGCUGCGGCCGGUGACCCUGUGGUGCGACAAAAGCACUUAAAAAUCGUUGCGUGCAUAUAGUGCUGGCGGAGAGAGAGCCACUUUGUGACCCAAGGGAGCAAUCUGUAUCCAGCUCUGUGUGGGCCUGGACCCUGGCUUGCGCUGUUCUCCUCAGAGGCCCAAGUAGGCAUAAGAAAAGCGCUGAAAGAAUUAAUGUUGGAGAUGGGCGCCAUGGACUCCACCUCCACUCCCUCAAACAUUCGUGGGCAGCCAAGGGAACCGGCAUAUUUGCCAUGAAGUACCUAAAAAAGGCGGAGGAUUAUAAACUGGCCUGGAAGGAGGAGAAAUAGAAAGGUUUGCAAAGGAGGUGGCCCCAUCUUAUGGAGGCGCACAGUGUUCGUUUAAAUAAGAGGUAGGGAAUUCCCUGGCGGUCCUGAUUAGGACUCAGCGGCCAAAAAAAAAUUGAUGUUAUAAGAAGGCAAAAAAUACUAGUUAAAAUUGUUUACAGCCGGACUUACCUCGUGAUCCAGUGGUUAAGACUUUGAGCUUCCACUGCAGGGGGCAUGGUUUUGAUUCCCUGUCGGGGGCGGGAAAUAAGAUUCCGCAUGACCCACGGCAAAAAAAAAAAUGUUGACAGAGACGACUAAAUUCCAAAUCCUGAAGGAAUUGGGGCUCACUCUAGUAUCUGGUUUAAAUCAUCUCUUAGACUGGGACAGUUAGACCUUUCUGGAUGAAGGUCUGACCUGAGGAAAUUUUCCUGACACUAAUUAUAAGUCUUGAUGGUCCCAGGCUAAUUAUUUGGCCAGUUGGUCGAGGACAUGGAAAGAGCACGAUUGGAGAACUGGUGACAAGGAAGCCUUGGGAAGGGAUAUGGUGAUGGACUUUGCAGAAUGAAUCUUAAGAAUCAUAUGGAUGAAAUGAACAGCUUUGUGGAUUAAACUCAGCCUCCUUUUCCAGGCUCAGUGAUUGCUCAGUGGACUCAUGAAUGAAAUGGUGAUGAUAACAAGUUUGGAGCUGUGCAUGGGAUCACCAAGCCACUGCUGAGCGUUCAGGUUGCUAGCAGCAGUGAGCAGUCCUGAGUUGGUGAUAUGCCUCAUGCUCCAGGAGGACCAGCCAACCACUUGGAGGCAAGCGGAUUCCAUUGGCCCUCCCAGUCAUCGAGGAAGUGGUAGUUAUUUGUCCUCUCUGAAAUACACUAAGUUUAAAUUUGCUUUCCUUGAUUGCUGUGCUCUGUCAGCACCACCAUCUGGGAACUUCCGGAAUGCUUUAUGCACUGUCAUUGUGUCUGACACCAUAUUGCUUCUGAUCAAGAAAUUCACUCUGUAAUGAAAGAAGCAAUGCAAUGGGCUGUUGCCCAUAGAAUUCAUUGGUCUAAUUGUAUAGUCUAUCACCAAGAAGCACCUGGUCUUACUGAAGUCUUAUUUAUGGUGCUUUCUGGAAAAUAACCCUUUUUGAUGCUGUUUUAUAGGAUGCAGUAUAUGCUUUGAACUAGUGUGCAAUAUUUGGCACUCUUUCUUCCUGCUCCUGUUAUCUACUGCUGUAUAACCACCCCAAAACUUAGUCGUUUAAAGCAACUUCAACAUUUACUUUGCCUACAAAUCUGUAAUUUAUGCAGGGCUCAGUGGGGACAGCUUAUUUCUGUUCUACUUUCCACUUGAUGCCAGUUGGGGCAGCUAAAAAGUUGGCAGCUGGAAUCAUCUAAAGGCCCACUCCUUUACAUGUCUGGUGACUGAUGCUGAAUCUGUGGGCAGAACACCUACUCAUGGCCUUUCCACAGUGCUGUUUGGCUCCUCACAACAUAGUAGCUGGGUUCCAAGGGCAAGCAUGCCAGGAGAGAGAAAUCCAGCCUGGAAAAAGAUUCAUGAAAUGAUAAGGCCUUUUAACAGAUUUGUCCACAUGUUUAAAUACAUGUUUUCUGGCUCCAUGACCAAGCCAUUUACUGAAGGAAGUGAAGGUGACCAGCUGCCCCUCCCAGAAAGGCUUCAAUUGCCAGGAGCAGGAGCUUGGACUCUGCGAGAGACUUGCUCUGUGGAGAGCUUCAAGAGGUACCACAGGGGCUGCUGCCUGGAGCCACCUUACCAGGAGGCAGAGCUCUCUGAGGAUCUGCUGCUUGUCUCUGCCCUGAGGGUGAAGAUGGAUGACAGGUGCUGCCCGGUGAUCUUCCCAGAUGCGAGGAAUUUCCGCCCCUUCACUCCUGACUCUUUGGCUGCAAUCAAGAAGCGGAUCGCCAUCCAGAAGGAGAAAAAAAAGUCCAAAGACCAGACAGCAGCAGAACCCCAGCCUCGACCUCAGCUUGACCUAAAGGUGUCCAGAAAUUUGCCCAUGCUCUAUGGUGACAUUCCCCAUGAGCUGAUAGGGAAGCCCCUGGAAGACUUGGACCCAUUCUACAGAAAUCAUAAGGUUUGUGUCAUAUUCACCAUAUAUCAAGGACAGCAGCAUCAGUCUGUCAUCCCUGCGUACCUUCCGAGUGUUCAGAGCUUUGAAAGCAAUUUCAGUAAUUUCAGGGCUUGUUCUGAACAAUUUGAAUGCAAACAUACCAAUAAAAAUCCUGACUAUAAUUACACGAAUUUUGACAGCUUUGGCUGGUCUUUUCUUGCCGUGUUCCGGCUUAUGACCCAAGAUUCCUGGGAGAAGCUUUAUCAACAGACUUUGCGCACCUCAGGGCUCUACUCAGUCUUCUUCUUUGUGGUGGUCAUCUUCCUGGGCUCUUUCUACUUGAUUAACUUAACCCUGGCUGUUGUCACCAUGGCUUACGAGGAACAGAACAAGAAUGUAGCUGCUGAGACAGAAGCCAAGGAGAAGAUGUUCCAGGAAGCCCAGCAGCGGUUAAAGGAGGAGAAGGAGGCUCUGGUUGCCAUGGGUAUUGACAGAAGUUCACUUAAUUGCCUUGAAGCAUCAUCUUUUUCCCUGAAGAAGAGAAAGCUAUUUGGUAAUAAGAAAAGAAAAUCCUUCUUUUUGAGAAAGUCUGGGAAAGACCAGGUUCCAGGAUUAGAUUCUGAUGAAGAUUCUUCAAAAAAGCCACACCUACUUGAACAAACCAAACGACUGUCCCAGAAUCUGUCAGUGGAGCACUGUGAUGAGCACAGAGACCCCUUCCAAAGGCAGAGAGCACUGAGCGCUGUGAGCAUCCUCACCAUCACCAUGCACGAACAAGAAAAAUCACAGGAACCUUGCCUCCCAUGUGGGGAAAACCUGGCAUCCAAAUACCUCGUGUGGGACUGUAGCCCCCGGUGGCUGUGCAUUAAGAAGGCCCUGAGAACCAUGAUGACUGACCCUUUUACUGAGCUGGCCAUCACCAUCUGCAUCAUAAUCAACACUCUCUUCUUGGCCAUGGAGCAUUACCAAAUGGACCAGAGUUUUGAGAACAUGUUAUACACAGGGAAUUUGGUUUUCACUGGCAUUUUCAUGGCUGAAAUGUGCCUAAAAAUCAUUGCGCUGGAUCCCUACCACUACUUUCAUGGAGGCUGGAACAUUUUUGACAGCAUUGUUGCUCUUCUGAGUUUUGCAGAGGUGAUAAUAAAUAGUAUGUGUCCAGGAAAACAAAGUUGUAUGUCACUUCGUUCCUUAAGAGUGCUGAGGGUCUUCAAGUUAGCCAAAUCCUGGCCAACUUUAAACACACUGCUUAAGAUAAUUGGCCAUUCCGUUGGAGCCCUUGGAAACCUGACUGUGGUCUUGGCCAUUGUGGUCUUUAUUUUCUCAGUAGUUGGCAUGCAGCUUUUUGGCUCUAAAUUCAAUUGCAUAAAGAGUAAUUCAAAGUCCCAUGACCCUGCAGUCCCAUGUUUACGACGCUGGCACAUGGGGGAUUUCUACCACUCCUUUCUGGUGGUAUUCCGCAUCCUCUGUGGGGAAUGGAUCGAAAACAUGUGGGAAUGUAUGCAAGAAGCUAACCAAGCACUGUGCAUUAUUGUGUUUCUGUUGAUCAUGGUGAUAGGAAAACUCGUGGUACUCAACCUCUUCAUUGCCUUGCUGCUCAAUUCCUUCAGCAAUGAGGAGAGAGAUGGACACUUGGAAGGAGAGGUCAGGAAAACCAAAGUCCAGUUAGCCUUGGACCAGUUCUGCCGGGCUUUUUGUUUUGUCAUAUGCACUCUUGAGCAUUUUUGUACCAAGUGGUGCAGGAGACAACAUUUACCAAAGGAAGAAGAGGUGACAGAAGGCCCUGAGGCAGAGAGCAAAGGUGUCAUUCCCCUGGACACAGAGAUGAGAAAGGGCCCAGAGACCUGGGAGGAGUUUGGUGUACUGACUUCCGCACCAAAGACCUUGAGUGUCGGGCAUGAUCGGACUUGGUUGGCCCCACUAGCAGAGGAAGAAGAUUAUGCUGAAUCCCCUGGUGAAGAUAAGGCACAGCCUAUCACACAACCUGAGGCUGGAAAACAGUGUCAGGCCAGUGAACUCCAUCAGAAGACCAAGGAGCCCACCAGUCCAGGAGCUCAGAGUGUGGAAAUGGACAUAUUCUCUGAAGGUGAUCUUUAUCUGUCGGUACAGAAUCCCCGAAAGAAGUCUGAUGCUACGAGUGUGCUCUCAGAAUGUAGCACCACUGGUCCACAGGAUCCCUUUAGGCGGGUACUUGAAAUGGUUCCCAAAAAGGAACCAGAGAGAUGUUUGCCCAAAGGCCUGGAUUGCUGCUCUCCAUGCUGUACUAUGGACAAGAGGAAGUUCCCCUGGAUCAUUUGGUGGAACCUGCGGAAAACCUGCUACCAAAUAGUGAAACACAGCUGGUUUGAGAGCUUUAUUAUCUUUGUGAUUCUGCUGAGCAGUGGGGCACUGGUAUUUGAAGAUAUUUACCUUGGUACACAACCCAAAAUCCAAAAAAUACUUAAUUGUACUGACAGUAUUUUCACAUACAUUUUUAUCUUGGAGAUGGGUCUGAAAUGGGUGGCCUUUGGAUUUAGGAAGUAUUUCACCAGUGCCUGGUGCUGGCUCGAUUUCAUCAUUGUGAUUGUCUCUGUGACCAGUCUCAUCGACUUAAAGGUCUUGAAGUCCUUCCGGAUUCUGCGAGCGCUGAGGCCUCUGAGAGCACUGUCCCAGUUUGAAGGAAUGAAGGUGGUAGUUAAUGCUCUCAUAGGUGCCAUACCUGCCAUCCUGAAUGUUUUGCUUGUCUGCCUCAUUUUCUGGCUCAUAUUUUGUAUCCUGGGAGUAAAUUUGUUUUCUGGAAAAUUUGGAAGAUGUGUUAAUGUAACAGAUGGAAACUCAGUUAUAAAUUACAACAUUGUUGCAAACCGGAGUCAAUGUGAAAGUGGAAAUUUCUCCUGGUUCACCCUGAAAGUCAACUUUGACAAUGUGGGAAUGGCUUACCUCGCGCUGCUGCAAGUGGCAACAUUUAAGGGCUGGAUGGAUAUUAUGUAUGCAGCUGUUGAUUCCAGAGGGGAAGGACAACAGCCAAGGUUUGAGGAGAACUCAUUAAUGUAUGUUUACUUCGUAGUUUUUAUCAUCUUUGGCUCAUUCUUCACUCUGAAUCUCUUUAUUGGUGUUAUUAUUGACAACUUCAACCAACAGCAGAAAAAGUUAGGUGGCCAAGACAUCUUUCUGACAGAAGAACAGAAGAAAUACUAUAAUGCAAUGAAAAAAUUAGGAUCCAAAAAACCUCAAAGGCCCAUCCCAAGGCCUCUGAACAAAUGCCAGGGUCUUGUUUUUGACCUAGUUACACACCAGGUCUUUGACAUCAUCAUCAUCAUCCUCAUUUUCCUCAACAUGGUUAGCAUGAUGGCUGAAUCAUAUGGCCAGUCCAGAGCCAUGGAACUCUUCCUUGAGCGUCUCAACCUGGCCUUUGUGGCCGUCUUUACAACUGAGUGUCUCAUCAAAAUCUUUGCUUUGAGGCAAUACUACUUCACCAGUGGCUGGAAUUUAUUUGAUUGUGUGAUCGUGGUCAUUUCUAUUGUUAGUACAAUUGUUUCUGCCUUGAAAACCCAGGCACACAUUCCUUUCCCUCCAACAUUCUUCAGAAUUGUCCGCUUGGCUCGGAUUGGCCGAAUCCUGAGACUUGUUCAGGCAGCACGAGGAAUCAGAACUCUCCUUUUCGCGCUAAUGAUGUCUCUUCCCUCUCUAUUCAAUAUUGGCCUUCUACUCUUUCUGGUUAUGUUUAUUUAUGCCAUUUUUGGUAUGAACUGUUUUUGCAAAGUGAAGGAAGAGUCUGGAAUUGAUGACAUAUUCAACUUCAAAACUUUCAAAGGCAGCAUGCUCUGCCUCUUCCAGAUAACCACGUCGGCAGGCUGGGAUGCCCUCCUCAGCCCCAUGUUGCAAUCAAAAGACUCAUGUAACCCCAAGUCAGAGAACUGUUACCUCUCUGCCAUAGCCAUAACCUACUUCGUCAGUUAUAUCAUCAUCUCCUUUCUCAUCGUGGUCAACAUGUAUAUUGCUGUGAUUUUAGAAAACUUCAAUAUAGCCACUGAAGAAAGUGAGGACCCUUUGGGUGAAGACGACUUUGAAAUAUUCUACGAAGUCUGGGAAAAGUUUGACCCGGAAGCAACACAAUUUAUCAAAUAUUCUGCUCUUUCUGACUUUGCUGAUGCCCUUCCUGAGCCUCUCCGUGUGGCAAAGCCAAAUAAAUACCAAUUUUUAGUCAUGGACUUGCCCAUGGUGAGCGGAGAUCGCCUUCAUUGCCUGGAUAUCCUGUUCGCUUUCACUGCUAGGGUACUUGGUGAGUCCAGUGGCCUGGAUAGCAUGAAAGCAGUGAUGGAGGAGAAGUUCAUGGAAGCCAACCCUUUCAAGAAGUUAUAUGAACCCAUAGUCACCACCACCAAGAGGAAGGAAGAGGAAAGAUGUGCUGCUGUAAUUCAAAAGGCCUUUCGAAAGUACAUGAUGAAGACCAAGUGUACCUUGGAAGACAGGCCUCAUUCACCCCUCCAGACACUCUGCAAUGGAGACUUGUCCAGCUCUGGGGUGGCCGAGGGCAAGGUCCACUACGACUGAGCCCCUCACCUCCACCCCUACCUCACAGCCUCAGAGCCUUGCCUCCAGCCUCUGAGCUCCAAGGGGUCCACAGCUCAGUGUGCGAACAAGCAGUGGACUCACUGAAUUAGCCAUUCCAUUUUUCUUUUUCUGGCUAAAAGAAAUGGUGUUUCUGAGUUCACUUCAAAUGGUUCUUAUAGAGAUAUAAGAUAAGGCUGCCCGACUAUAACCACCGGUACUGUUUUAACCAGGAAAAAGACACUAGAAUGGACUGUAGAGCAGGGGUCUCCAACCCCUGGGCUGCAGACCACACUACCGAUCCGUGGCCUGUCAGAAACUGGGCCGCACAGCAAGAGGUGAGCAGAGGGUGAGCCAGCAAGAUUUCAUCUGCCGCUCCACAUCACUCGCGUUCCGCCCGAACCACCCCUCCGCAACCCCGUCUGUGGAAAUACUGUCUUCUGCAGAAUUGGUCCCUGGUGCCAGAAAGGUUGGGGACCGCUGCUGUAGGGGACACUAAUGUGAGGAUUGAAGCACAGUUCAAAUUAUAUCAAAAGAAACUAAUAAGAAACAGAAAACAUUAACAUUUUAAAUUGUGUUUUUCCAAAUGUUCUUAAGUACAGUAUCCAACACCUUUGUUUGAUGUUUUCCCCAAUAAAAUAUAUGGCUUAUCACACAUAACUCUUCUGCAUGCUAAGUGAAAAUUCAAAACCUGCCAAUAAAUACUUAUUGCAGAUUUUUUUUUAACCAGCAUUAAACUUUUGGGGUUUAUUUCAAACCUAAAAGCAUGGUCAUGACUUGUCAGUUACCACCGUAUCUUUCACCAGCUGCAAUCUCUGUUAUAUA